GGUUCAGGGGCGAACUGACCAUUUGGAAACUCGGGCACUGCCCGAGGGCCCGGGGCCAGUAGGGGCCCCAUGAGAUGCCCCUGGUACCUUUUUCAUAGGCAUUUUUGAGUUUGGGCAAGGACACAGGGGCCCCAUGAUCCCCUAUUGCCCGGAGGCCCCAUGAGUUGUCAGUCGCCCCUGUGUUGGUUGUUAGCAGAUGUGAAACUGCGACCUCUGGUUGCAAACAGGGGCGGACUGUCCCCUCCGCCCGAGGGCCUGGGGUUAGUAGGGGACCCCAUGAGAUGCCCCUGGUACCUUUUUCAUAGGCUUUUUUGAGUUUGGGCAAGGACACAGGGGCCCCAUGAUCCCCUAUUGCCCGGGGGCCCCAU